AUGAAUCGCACAAGUAACAACCAGCAAUUUGACUUGAAGAAAAGACGGUUCUAUCUGUACCCGAGCAAUGUACUCGAAUCUCCAAAUCCCUAACCUUACUUGAGCGUUUAACGGUCCUUUUUCGCAUGAACCACAGAAGGACUUGGUCGGCUUUGUCGUUCCUAAAGAUUCAGGAUGAGAAAACCCAAAGUUAAUCGGAUGGUUCUUGCAAUGUGCUUGUGGUGUUUUAUAAUGGUUAUAUUCUAUUUUCACAGCAACCCGAAACCAGCCUCAGCGCAGGGCAGUGGGAGGAGCAGCGGCCAGGGAAAGUCAGGGAGAAGUCCACUCCAGAUGCUCUAUGACAUUGACCAGCUGGAGCAGUCGGCAGUGCAGGUGACCCACCAGGGUCGGCGGGAGCUGCUGGAAGACGCCUGCCGCUCGUACACGCGCAAGCGCCGCGUCCUCAUCCCCGAGGACCUCAAGCACAUCAUUGUGGACGACCAGCAUGGCCUGCUCUACUGCUACGUGCCCAAGGUGGCCUGCACCAACUGGAAACGAGUUCUCAUGGUCCUGACAGGCGCCGCUGGCCCCCACCGCGACCCCCUCGCCAUUCCCGCCAAUGAGGCCCACGUGCCGGGCAACCUACGCACCCUCUCUGAGUACUCCACCUCCCAGAUCAACCAGCGACUGCGCUCCUACCUGAAGUUUGUGUUUGUGCGCGAGCCUUUUGAGCGGCUCGUCUCGGCCUACCGCAACAAGUUCACACGGAGCUACAACACAGCUUUCCACAAGCGCUAUGGCACCAAGAUCAUCCGCCAGCAUCGGCCUGACCCGCAGGCCGAGGCGCUGGAGCGGGGCGACGACGUCUCCUUUGAGGAAUUUGUGUACUACCUGGUGGAUCCAGCCACGCAGCGUGAGGAGCCCUUCAACGAGCACUGGGAGCGGGUGCACACGCUGUGCCACCCCUGCCUCAUCCACUAUGAUGUGGUGGGCAAGUAUGAGACGCUGGAGCAGGACUCUCGCUACGUGCUGCAGCUGGCCGGGGUGAAGGGCCAGGUGACCUUCCCCACCUCAGCCAAGAGCACCAGGACUACGGGAGACAUGGCCGCCCAGUUCUUCCACAGCAUCAGCCCCUUCUACCAGAAGAAGCUGUACAACCUAUACCACAUGGACUUCCUGCUGUUCAACUACUCCACGCCGGAGUACCUGAAGUUUCGAUGAAGUAACUUUUCUUAGGAGUAGGCUUUGUUUGAACCGUCUGUCAUAAGGAUGAGGUAAUGCAGUUGUAAGCAUGAAGUCGUGCCCAGUCCCCACGAGCUUAUUGAUUGUGUCGUGGCAGCUUGAAGUAGUCAAAUAUCAGACGGCUGAUAUCAGCUGUUUGUAUGACUUUUAGCAGCUGUUGCUUUAUAAACAGCAUUUGUAUAACCUAUGACAGAGGGCUCAGGAUAAUUGUGACAGACAAUUUUAACAUGGAUCCCGGGACUCUCCAAAGCACAAUAACACUUGUUACUGAGAGACCUAACCUGGUGAACUCUAAGCAACUAACUAAAGAUAUCUUUCAUAUCAAAGUUAAGAGUGGCUUUAAGAUGAGAUGUCCUCACAACCGGCAAUGGACACUUUCUCAAGAUGGAGAAGUUGACUAAACUAGGCAAAUUAUGUUGUACUGGAACAAUGAGCCACUGGAGAUUGAACUGCUGCCUUUGUAUGUGUAAAAUGCACCUACAGUAUCGUGCACAUUAUCUCAAAAUGACCAAACUCUAUGACACCACCAACAAACCUUGUUUUUUUCUUUCAAAGUUUCUAUCGUCACCAACAAUGUUCCAUUCUACAGUCAGACUAAGAGGAACACAAGCUGUCUGAAAGUAAUAUUUAUCUCACAGGGGUGCUGAAAGUCUUCAUAUUAGUGCCUUUGAGUGUCGGCCUUGUGACUCAAAAGUGUAUGACAUCCUCUGGGAAUGUGACUGACGUCAGCGUCUUCUUUGUACUGUAGAGAGUGUCUCUGGUGUGUACAGAGCAUGGCAUUGACUAUCAUUGUGAUAUACUGAGGUUAGAUCACACGGAGACAUUUGGAAUAUCUACCAUAACUUCAGACAUAUUCAAAUGAACACAUAAACACUGCUAUUUUUGUGUGUCCCUCUCUGGAAUGCUGGUGGACCGGUCAACAUCAAGGAUAAGAAUCCAGCUGUGCAAUAUGUGGAAUUUACUGUGUGAAUGUUUGAAAUAUUGAGGUAAAAUCAAGCUGUUUUGUAGUUGUUUUGAAAGAAUGUAUGGAAAGCCGAUUUGUGUCCAAUGUUCUGAAAGAUGAGCUGUCACGAUAGUCAUUAUUAUUACCAGUCUUCAUGUCUACACUCUUAACAUUGUGCUAGCAUCAACAGUGACUCCCCUGGAGGCUUGGAGCCCUGUCUGAAAAAGUAUACCUAAAGGCCCGCCCCGACUGUACGAUUUUAGCCAUCUUAUGCCAUGAAUUUGCCGUCCCAGACAAAAUGUCCACGUCGUAGGCAAAUUCUUAGGUCGUAGAUGAUUGUCGGAGGUCUUGGCUCGUUCAGUAUGACAAGGCCUAGGUCUGCCAAUUAAGUACCACUACGUGCGGUUGUAGGCUUUGUCAAGUUCUGUCAGUGUCCAAUUUUUGUUAUGCCUUCAUCGUAUAGUGUGGCUGGUGUUACGAGCCGAUCUCGGUGACUGACCAAUAGGAACACGGCCAAUGACGCCAUGCUGGCGUGCCCAUACUGCCCUCGUUCCCAGCCAUAAACGGGUCCAUACCCUUUUUUCUUUUCUUUUCUUGGGUUUCUCGAGACAAAAUACAGCCAACAUCACAGCAACAGCUUGUUGUUGUUCUUUAGACACCAUGCUUGACACGCCCAGUUGAUGUAGCCUACAUCGCAGUUGACGUAGCCUCGCAAGGCAGUCACAAAAUGUGAUGACAGUACUGAAGCAAAUCUAUAAUCUGGCCAGGUUGGUAUCAAUAUUUUAAUUUGGUCACAUCGCACAGUGUGACAUGUAAUAAUCGUAAAAGACUGAAUCCAAAGUACGGUGUGGGAAGGCCUUAAGACAAGGGAUAGUACAUAGAAAUUACAUUUGUUGGCAGUGGGUAGUUUAACAAACCCAAGGUGUGGACUCCUUGUCUAUAAACUGCUUUCAAGGUAAAGAAACAUAUAUAUAAAUAUGUAAUAAAUAUGUCAUUUUAAAGGCGAUAUAUGUAAUAUUUUUGCAUUGUAAUUUCAGAAAAUGGCCUUUAUAUACUGUAUCUACAACAGUAAUAGUGGAAUGAUAGUGUUUCACAAUAUUUUUUUCCACCAAAUGUUUUAUUCGGCCCACAUAAAAUUGCAUUCUAAUGGUGCAGCCCUCUUAUUGGUCAACAAAAGACAGACUGGCUUUUGUUGUCAAAUUGACUGGGUUCAGCAAAUCUCUUGUCAGUCCAACAACAGCCCCAGUCAAUUUGAUAGCAAUAGACUUUAAGUUGUUGAAUUGUUUCAUGUCCAUUGAACAAAAAUAUCAACGCAACUUGUAAAGUGUUGGUCCCAUGUUUCAUGAGCUGAAAUAAAAGAUCCCAGAAGUUUUAGAAACACAAAAAUAUUAUUUCUCUCAAAUUUUGUGCACACACAUUUGUUUACAUCCCUGUAAGUGAGCAUUUCUUCUUUGCCAAGAUAAGCCAUCCAUCUGACAGGUGUGGCAUAUCAAGAAGCUGAUUAAAUAGCAUGAUCAUUACACAGCUGCACCUUGUGAUGGGGACAAU